AAAUCACAUUUGAUUUGAAAGGAUUUUAUAUUCUAUGCUCUGGAUUUUGACUUCCUUUUUUGUAGGCAAAACAGAGAUUGAUGUAGAUAAUGGAAAAGACCAGGAUAUAUUUGAAAUAAAUGAAGAGGCAGGACUUCACCUGGUGGAAGGAGACAUUCUGAUAGAAAAGGGAGAAGGCAGAAACACUAUUCUGGGUGAACAGUAUCGCUGGCCUACCACUGUGCCGUACUUCCUAGACAGCAGCCUUGAGAUCAAUACCAAAGGUGUGAUACUGAAGCCCCCAUUUGAGCAAUACAGACUCAAGACCUGUAUUGACUUCAAACCCUGGGGUGGAAAGCCAAACUACAUUUCUGUGUUUAAAGGCAGCGGAUGUUACUCGAAGGUGGGGAAUCGACAGAUGGGGAAACAGGAGUUGUCAAUUGGUGCAAACUGUGACCGUUUAGGAACAGUAGAGCAUGAGUUUCUGCAUGCGUUGGGUUUGUGGCACGAGCAAUCCGGAACUGACAGAGACGACUACGUCACCAUAGUGUGGGACCAGAUUGAAGAGGGUAAAGAGCACAACUUCAAUUUACGGUAUGAUGAAACGGUGUCAAGCUCUCUCGGUGUGCCCUAAGAUUAUGCUUCGGUCAUGCACUACAGUAAGACGUCCUUCAACAAAGGACAGGAGCCAACCAUCGUUACCAAGAUACCAGAAUUCUUGGAUGUGAUUGGUCAACGCAUGGAGUUCAGUGACAGUGACUUGCUCAAGCUAAGCAGGCUAUACAAUUGUACAACCUCAACUUUUCUAGACUCUUGCCACUUUGAGGAACCGAACAUCUGUGGUAUGAUCCAGGGAGAUGGUGGAAAUGCCAAGUGGGCUCGUGUACAAACUGUAGAGGGCGGUCCAAUGACGGACUACACCACUCUGGGUCAAUGUCAAGGUAUGAACACCCCUAAACACAAAAGCAGGAUACAAACCGACAAUGUUUUGCAUUGAUAAUUUCCUUUUUUU